AUGGCUUCCCCAGGGGAAAAGAAGCAGAUUUUCCUCAAUGCAUUUGAUAUGUCCACCAUUGGUCACCUCUCCCCUGGUCAAUGGAAGAACCCCGUCGAUAAAUCAGCUACAAAGCGCAAACUUGAAUAUUGGAUAGAACUAGCAAAACUGCUAGACAGAGGAGGAUUCAAUGCUUUGUUCCUCGCCGAUACAUACGGAGGCUAUGAUACGUAUGAGGGGAGCUUGGACAACUGUAUCAGACGAGCUGCACAAUGGCCGGUGACUGAUCCCACCAUACCGAUCACGGCGAUGGCAGCAGUGACGAAAAAUCUAUCUUUCGCCAUUACCGCGUCAACUUCUUUCGAGCCCCCUUUUCUGCUAGCUAAGCGAUUUUCCACCCUCGAUCACUUUACAGGUGGUCGUUUUGGGUGGAACAUCGUGACCUCGUGGAAAAAAGCGGCUUUCAAAGCCAUUGGUCUUGAGAAUCCCAUCGAGCACGAUGAGCGGUACCGUCAAGCCGACGAGUAUCUAAAGGUGCUAUACAAGCUCUGGGAGGGAUCGUGGGCAGACGACGCAAUAUCCCCCGAUCCGGAGAACGACAGCUACGCGGACCCGGACAAGAUCCGCACCAUCAACCAUAAGGGGAAAUACUUCUCGCUGAACACGCGCCACAUCGUCGACCCGUCUCCGCAACGGACUCCCUUCCUCUUCCAAGCCGGGACCUCCGCCGCGGGCUCCGAAUUCGCCGCCACGCACGCCGAAGCGAUCUUCGUAUCAUCGCACUCCCCCGCCAUCCUGCGGCCCAAAAUCACCAAGAUCCGCGAGCUCGCCGCGGCCAAAGGCCGGGACCCGCAGUCUCUGAAGUUCUUCGCGACAUACACUCCCAUAAUCGGGCGAACCGACGAAGAAGCGCGGGCGAAGUACGCAGAGCUGCAGAAGUACACGUCAGUGGUCGGGGGGCUAGUCCUCGUGAGCGGAUGGACGGGGAUCGACCUGUCGAAGAUCCCGCUGGACCAGGAAGUGUCGGCGGCGGACUCGCUGGAGGCUCAUAAAGUGCGCAGCAUCCUCGACGCGUUCACGACGACGAGCGAGGACAUCCCGCAGUGGACGCCCCGCGUGAUCGCGCAGAAGGCGUCGAUUGGCGGGCUAGGACAUAUCGCCGUGGGAAGCCCGCAGACGGUGGCGGAUGAUAUGGAGAGGUGGGUAAGGGAGGGCGAUUUGGAUGGGUUUAAUAUCGGGUAUGUUACGACCCCUGGGACGUUCGAGGAGGUUGUCGAGCUUUUGAUUCCGGAGUUGAGGAGGCGGGGGGUUUACCCUGAGCCAGCCGAGGAGGGGGAGAGGUUGACGGCGAGAGAGAGGGUUUAUGGAAAGGGGCAGAGUGGGUUGAGGGAUGAUCAUGUUGGGGCUACGUAUAAGUAUGAUCGGUAUCAGGAGGAUCCGCCGUAUGUUGAGGAUGAAGCUGUGAAGGAGGGGGAGAAAUGA